UACAUGUAAAUGUACAAAGUAUCAAAAUUAGUAAUUACUGCUUAAUUAAUACCAUAAAUGAAUUACUAAAAUAUUAAUUUACACCAUACCAAACUGGACUAUAAAUACCAUUCACUGUUUGGGGUAAGAAUCACAUAACAGAAACUUUUUCAGUUUCCGUUUUUCUCCAUCUUCCUUCCCAGUCACACAAUAUCACCAUGACCAGAAAGAAGGUGAAGCUCGCGUUCAUAGCGAACGACUCUGCGAGGAAAGCGACAUACAAGAAGAGAAAGAAGGGUCUGAUCAAGAAGAUCGACGAACUAACCACUCUCUGCGGAAUCGAGGCUUGUGCCAUUGUGUACAGUCCGUACGAUUCUCAGCCGGAGGUUUGGCCUUCUCCGUUCGGAGUCCAGCGCGUUCUGUCGAAGUUCAGGAGGAUGCCGGAGCUGGAGCAGAGCAAGAAGAUGGUGAAUCAGGAAGGGUUUCUGAAGCAAAGGAUCAUGAAAGCGAAGGAGCAGCUGAAGAAGCAUAGGAAGGACAAUAGGGAGAAGGAGAUGACGCAGAUCAUGUACCAGUAUCUCAGUGCAGGAAAGGUUCUUCAUAACAUGACGAUGAUCGAUCUCAACGAUCUGGCUUGGCUCGUGGAGCAGAAUCUGAAGGAGGUUAAUCGGAGGAUGGAGACGCUGCAUAAGACGGCUCAGAGUCAGAGGGCGGUGGACGUGGCGGCCAUCGCGGCGGCCGAUGUGGCGGCGAGGGGCAGAGAUAAGGCGAAGGUGGAGCAGGUGGAUGUGCUGGAGGUGGCCGGAGGGGAAGCGAUGCCAAAGCAGCAGUGGUAUAUGGACAUGAUGAACGGUGGUGCUGAUGAAACGCUGUCGUUUGGGGAUGUGGGCCAUUCCAAUGCAUUCUGGCAUAAUCACUACUUCCCUUGAGGAAGGACGUGCUUGGGAGCUGAGUUAAUUGGGGUUCGUUUGGGUUUGGUUUGUUGUCGUUUUGUGUUUCGUCUUGUUCGUCUCUAACUUUCUUUUUAUUUUUGUCUACUGUGUGAUGGGUCAAUAUGUAUUCUCGCCUUAUAUAUGCUGUUUAUAUAUAUAUAUAUAUAUAUGGUAUUUUAUAUCAAUAAAAUAAAUGUCCAGUGGUUAUUUGUCAAUUUGAAUGGCUCCUUCUAGAAAUUUAUCGGUUAAUUAUGUGGAGCUAAAGACUUGGAUCUGGAAGUACCAAGUCAACAGUCAUGGUGUUUGUUUGUUUUUUUUUUUUCAGCAGUUCAGACUAUUGAAAUUGAG